AUCCUCCACAUCAGCCAUAUCAUCAUUCCAAUUCCAGGGAAGUUGGUUGGUGAUUUGUGAAACUCACGCUUUAGCAUUUAUAUUCCGCCUUCCCCAUCUCCUUCCCCUCCACCCCAAAUCCCCACAAAACUUCCCAAUUCAAGCUUCUCCAAGUUCUCGGAAUCUCGAACUGUGCCUACUUCAGCAUUCAUCAACCGAAUAAGGAAUUCUAUCAAGAAGCCAUGCCUCUUUUCAACAGACACCCCGCAGACACCACCACAACAUCCUCAAGCACCCACGUUGUCCGCGACGACACCCCACAACGGAAAUCGACUUUCUUCGGUCGUCGCAACCGCUCUGCUUCGCCCGUUCGAACAACUGGCAGACAUACCACACAUUCCACAUCGCCUCCUCGACGCGGGCUGCUGCAUCGCCACGAAGACCCUUCCAUCCUAGCUGCGAGAGAGAGGGUUGUCAAUGCGGAAAAGAGGGAGAAGGAGGCAGAUCAAGCGUUAGCAGUUGCAAGGACUGCUGUGAGAGAAGCGAGAGAUCAUAUCAAAUUGCUUGAGAAGGAAGCUGCUGAAGAGGCGAGACUUGCGAAGAUCAAGCAGAGUCAAGCGAAAUCAAUUUCGAAGAGAGGACAUGGACUUGGCCGUCAUGACCACGUCUGAGCGAGUCCACAUGUCGGCUGGAGAUGUGGACCCUAUCAUGAACUGCUGUCCGACCUCCGCUUAGCCACGAUGAACGAACGGAUCACGAACUUGCCCUCCCGAAAGCAACAUAUCUCAGAGCAAUGCGAAGAUUUUUUGGAGUUAGACGGCGAACUACUACUGCUGCGACUGGGCGGAUUGUAAAUAUGUUGAAAGCGCCGUGUCAGGUUGAAAUAAUACAAAUACAAGAUUUUGAAUACGAGCAAGAACACAAAACUUUCCACACAGCAUUAAACUCGACUUAUUUUUGU